AUGAAUAAACUACUAUCAUCUCUAAUUAACUUUCGCGUAAAUGAAGAGUUAAAAAACAGCUAUAAUAUUAGUGAUAGAUUAUUAUAUAUAGUUUGGAAUAAUAUAUUUUUAAGAAAUGAAAUUCAUAAACAUAUUUUAAAGUUUAUUAAACAUAGUGUUCAAUUUCUUGAUAUAUCAGGUUUUAGCAAGUUUAAAAAUAAAUCAUAUAUAACAACACUUAACUGGCGUAGUGAUCCACUACCAGAUAAAGAUGAAUAUCCACCAUUUUUGACAAUUUUAUAUUUGCACGGUUCUUCUGAAAUGCUAACUCUAACAACUUUACCAAACACAAUUACUACACUCGCAUUCGAUUAUUCUUUUAACCAAGUAAUUCCACCCGGUACAUUACCAAAUAGUCUCACAACACUCACAUUCGGUCAUCGUUUUAACCAAGUAAUUCCACCCGGCACAUUACCAAAUAGUCUCACAACACUCACAUUCGGUGAAUAUUUUAAUCGAGCAAUUCUACCCGGCACAUUACCAAAUAGUCUCACAACACUCACAUUCGGUCAUCGUUUUGACCAAGUAAUUCCACCCGGCACAUUACCAAAUAGUCUCACAACACUCACAUUCGGUCAUGAUUUUAACCAAGUAGUUCUACCCAACACAUUACCAAAUAGUCUCACAACACUCACAUUCGGUCAUUAUUUUAACCAAGUAGUUUCACCCGGCACAUUACCAAAUAGUCUCACAGCACUCAAAUUCUGUACUAAUUUUAACCAAGUAAUUCUACCCGGCACAUUACCAAAUAGACUCACAACACUCACAUUCGAUUUUAAAUUUAACAAAGUAGUUUCACCCGGCACAUUACCAAAUAGUCUCACAACACUCACAUUCGGUUAUUAUUUUAACCAAGUAGUUCUACCCAACACAUUACCAAAUAGUCUCACAACACUCACAUUCGGUUUUAAAUUUAACAAAGUAGUUUCACCCGGCACAUUACCAAAUAGUCUCACAACACUCACAUUCGAUUCUAAAUUUAACCAAGUAGUUUCACCCGGCACAUUACCAAAUAGUCUCACAACACUCAAAUUCGGUCGUAAUUUUAACCAAUUAGUUCUACCCGACACAUUACCAAAUAGUCUCACAACACUCAAAUUCGGUACUAAUUUUAACCAAGUAAUUCUACCCGGCACAUUACCAAAUAGUCUCACAACACUCACAUUCGGUCAUUAUUUUAACCAAGUAGUUCUACCCAACACAUUACCAAAUAGUCUCACAACACUCACAUUCGAUUUUAAAUUUAACCAAGUAGUUUCACCCGGCACAUUACCAAAUAGUCUCACAACACUCACAUUCGGUCAUGAUUUUAACCAAGUAGUUCUACCCGACACAUUACCAAAUAGUCUCACAACACUCAAAUUCGGUACUAAUUUUAACCAAGUAAUUCUACCCGGCACAUUACCAAAUAGUCUCACAACACUCACAUUCGGUCAUGAUUUUAACCAAGUAGUUCUACCCGGCACAUUACCAAAUAGACUCACAACACUCACAUUCGGUCAUCGUUUUGACCAAUACUAUAUUAAUAAUACUACAUUUUAA